UUUCACUGGCUUCUUUUUGACAUUUAAUGUGAGUCAACGAUAGUUUGUCAUUUAAUAAUAAUACAUACAAUAAUAUUAUAAUAUUUUAAAGUUAAAAAGUCAACGAAUGAAUAGUGUUGGCUAUACCUAGGGUGACUGGAAGUUUCUAAUUUUAGAAUAUUCUCAAAAUAUAACGUGGUGAUACCUUUGCCAAUUGUGAACACACACACAACAUAAUAAAUUUUUUUUUUCAAGAAUUAUUAAAUAAUAUAAAAUACAAAUAUUUUUUUUUAUUUAUAAAUAAUUUAAGUGUUUAUUUUUAAUUUAAAAAUAAUAUUAUCAGUGAAAAUACACAACAUGGAGAAGGAACAAGCAAAUGAUGCAAAACAACAAAUGGCAACAAGUCCAGAAGACAUUGAAGAUAUUCCAGUUAGUCAACAAGGUCCACAAAUACCAAGAAGACGAGGUGGUAUAUCAGCUGAGCCAGUUAGUGAAGAAGAUGCUACAAAUUAUGUGAAAAAAAUUGUACCAAAAGAUUACAAAACAAUGGCAGCAUUAAGUAAAGCUAUUGCUAAAAAUGUAUUAUUUUCACAUCUUGAUGAAAAUGAAAAAUCUGAUAUAUUUGAUGCAAUGUUUCCAAUAACUUUUUCACCUGGUGAAUCAAUAAUACGUCAAGGUGAUGAAGGUGAUAACUUUUAUGUUAUUGAUCAGGGAGAAGUUGAUAUAUUUGUUAAUGGAGAGUUAGCUACGACUAUUGGUGAGGGUGGUAGUUUUGGUGAAUUGGCAUUAAUUUAUGGUACAUUACGUGCAGCAACAGUGAGAGCUAGAACAGAUGUUAAACUUUGGGGUAUUGAUCGUGAUUCUUAUCGUCGUAUACUUAUGGGUUCAACAAUAAGAAAAAGAAAAAUGUAUGAAGAAUUUUUAUCAAGAGUAUCAAUUCUUGAUUCUUUGGAUAAAUGGGAAAGAUUAACUGUUGCUGAUGCACUUGAACCAGUUGUUUUUGAAGAAGGUGAAACAAUUGUACGUCAAGGUGAACCUGGUGAAGAUUUUUUUAUUAUUGUUGAAGGUACUGCUAUUGUUUUACAACAAAGAAGUGAAGGUGAUGAACCAACAGAAGUUGGAAGACUUGGUCCAUCUGAUUAUUUCGGUGAAAUAGCUUUACUAUUGGACAGACCAAGAGCAGCAACAGUUGCUUGUCUUAAUGGUCCACUUAAAUGCAUUAAACUUGAUAGAGCACGUUUCGAGCGGGUCUUGGGAUUAUGUGCUGAUAUUUUAAAAAGAAAUAUAACACAAUACAACAGUUUUGUAUCACUUUCAGUAUAAACAAAAACAAACAGCUUAUUAAAGUUUUUUUUUUCAGUGUAAUUGUAAAAUUGAAUUUUACAUGUGACUGUUGGAAAUAUUAUAGUCAUAAAAAUACACUUUAAAUAUGCCUGUUUUUAUCUCAUUGUUAUGAAUAUUUUUAUGAUUUUAAUUUAAAUAACUAUUCAGUUAUUAUUCGUAUAAUAUAUUGAUAUUGUAAUGUUAUAUACACACACUGUAAUAAUAAAAUUAAUUAUAGAAAAAUAAUAUACAUGCUAAUAAUUUAUUUAAGGUCAAAUAAAAAUAGUCAUUAUUUUGAAAAAUGAAAUAAUUCAAUUACUUUAUUAUGUACACACAAAAAAAAAAAGAAAAAAAAAAAAGGCAGAUACAGCGAUGUCAAAAUUAAACAUUAAUGAAUUUAUUAAUUUAAAUAUUAAACAGAGAAAAAUAAAUAAAAUAUUAUUUUUUCUUUGUUAAUAUUAAAAGUGAGAUAUUUAUUAUUUUUUUAAAAAUUAAAUCUCACUUUUUUUUUUUGCAUAUAUUUCCAAUGAUUUGUUAAAAAAAAUAAUUUAUAAUUAUUUAUAGUUAUUUCUUGAUAAGCUUGUUGUCCCUCAGAUCUUCUUCCCAAUGAUGAUGAUGAUGAUAAUAAUAACAAUAAUAAUAAUGAUGAUGAUGAUGAACGUAUCACUUUGUAAUGUUUCCCUUUUGUUAUUUAUAUUUAAAUAAAUUUAAUUUAUUUUAAAUAUAUUAUGUCAAAUAAUCCUUCAUGUUUUUUUUGGUUGAUCCUUGUCUUGGUGUGUCUAACAAUGAUUUCCAUAUUAAUUUAUAAAAAUCAUCCAAAAAGCUGUGGAAAUUUUAUGAUGCUAUUCUCGUAUCAACGAGUUGAUCACGUAAAUUUUUUGUUAGCAUAAAUAUUUAUUAUCAUUUUUCAUAAAUAAUUGUUAAUGAAAAAUGAUUAAAUAUAUUUUUUAUAUCAUUGGGAACAUAAGUAUUUUAAAUACUAUCAAAAAUGAUGAUUGUGUUUUUUUUUUUACUGCAUGAUUAAACAUCACAUUUAAAUCCUUAAGAAAAAUGUCUCAUUGUUGUUAUCACUUCCCGACAAUCGCGUGUAACCCAGUUAUUUAUUGAUCAAUUUUUUUUUUUCUCAUUUUUCAGUUUAUCUUAAUUUUAUAUUAUCCUCAGUUAACAUAAAGAGCCUA